UUUCUCUGGCUGUCAUUAUCGUGGGUUUUUUUCCCAAAUAUAGACGCGCGGUACCGUUGAAAUCGCAACAAAUUUUCAACAUGUUGAUGUUACUUGUCGCGUACGCUUGCAGAAAUUAAGUGUUUUUCGUUUCCGUCAAUGUGAAACUGUCUGCUGGAAGAAAGUGUUUCUGAAGUAAAUUGAGGGCAACGAUAUGGCAGAAUCUACGCCGGUAAAGGUAAAGGAAGAACCGGUUGAGAUAAAGCUGGAAGAGGUUACCAUAUUCGAUACUUUGGAUACGGAAGAAAGUAUACCGUUGGUGAAGAAUUUUCGUCCAACUGUUGUGAAACAAGAACCCACCGUUACCGACAGCAUUGAGGAAGCGGAUGCAGUAGCAGAGCCGGCCGAGAUGGAAACUACAGCGACCGAUGCUGGGGCUUCCAGUUCCAGGGAUGCGGACAGCUUGGAGGUGAAGCACACCACUGGUGGGCAAACUCGCAAAAAAAGAUACUGCUGCGGACAAUGUGGCAAAGUAUUCGACAAUAAGUCCACCUAUUAUAGCCAUUGCUAUCGCCAUGAGACAUCGUAUCCGUCUAAGUGCGAGGUAUGCAGUAAAACGUACACCUCUCAAGAAGCAUUGAAGCAGCACCGCAAAAUCCAUAGUGACGGACCGCAGACGCAUUGCGACAUUUGUGGCAAGUCCUAUGCGAAAGACUACCUAGCGUAUCACAUUUCUAUGCACAACAGAAACAUACGCCAACGGCUGAAGCACCGUUGCGAAGUCUGUGACAAAGGAUUUUGUGGCAGAUACACGCUUGAGGUUCAUAGAAGAAUUCACACCGGAGAGCGGCCCUUCGAGUGUGACAUAUGUGGCGCAGCGUUUAGUCGAAGCGGCAGUCUGCUCUUUCACAAAUCCAAUCACACGGGAGAGAAAAACUUCUCGUGUGGCGUAUGUGGUAAAGAGUACACAAUGCAAGCGCAACUAACGAGACACCUGGCAACGCACGGCUUGGACCUUCCGUACGAGUGCCAGAUUUGCGAAAAAAAGUUUAGAAUUAGUUCCUUGCUUGCGAGCCACAUGCGCCGUCACAGAAAUCCGCGAAAGUUCGACUACGACAUUUGAGGUGCAACGUAUAAAUCGACGAACAAUCUUGCUAUUCACCGGAAUACCCACUCGUACGUCGAUCCGAAAUUAUUCAAGUGCACAUUGUGCGAACGAAGCUUCACCAGAUUCCAAACGCUGAAAAGGUACAUCGAUACGGCACACCCACGGGUACCAUGUCAAUGUGAUUGGAUUUGGAUUUCGUGGCAAUUUGUACAGUCAACUGAUAGGAACAACCUCAAUGAUAAGCUAAGAUUGGAGAGAGUAGGUUAAGUAAAAACUGCUUUGAACAGAAACAAUUCUUACAAAAUUUCUAAUAUCAUGAAAAUCCAAAUAUUCGAAACAGUUGUCGAAAACACGUUUAAUGCAUUUAAAUAGAGACCAAUAAACCAAUAAAACCAAACAGUGCGAUGCAAAUGCGGAAACGCAAGACAUACGAAUUUGCGUUGGACUGCCUCGAUUCUAAAGAUCACUGAGAUAGUAGUAAUGGACCGUUUCUGAACGAAGCCACAUUGAUCUGAUGAGACGUGUCAAAAAAUUUAGGUCAAUUAGCUAGGCAAAUUUUGACGGAACACACAAGCCGACAAUUCUUGGAUAAUUAAAUAAUAAAUAAAAGUGACAACAUCAACUGUCCCUCCCGGCACAAGAUUCGCCGACUGGAGAAUUUAGAGUGCCUGAAUUCGUAAAAAAAAACGUAAACUCUAGAAGCUCUACGUCUUUGUUUGAGAGAUAUUGGUAAUAUGUCAAGACAUCUGCAUUGUGUUUUUUGAUUUCCCGUUAAUUAUUCGGCCAAUUUACUCCUGAUCUCCGGUGGGAAGACAUGUGAAGACGCGGAAAACGCACCAUUCUCCAUAAUAACCGAAGUGCUAUCAAUUGGGAAGGAUGGUAUCGGAACGGACUUUAAUCAAGAUGGGCUCAGAAAAAAUAGCUACAUGUCUGCACUGCUGGUAGUUAAAAUAUGUUGUUAUGAGAAGACUACCGGUGGAAUGGAAAUAUACCCAAUCUACAGAAAGGGUGACACAUCAUUCACUAAAAAGUCAAGAGAUAUAUUAUUUUUUUGCGAUCUCGCAUGGAAAAGGUGCAUAUGACCGCAUUGGUGGAAGCGUGAAAGGAAAUGCAGCACGCGCGACUUUUCAAUGCGCACAUUACUAAUCACAGAGAAUUACAUAAGCGGUCUGAAGAUUGCUAUAUUGAUUUUCCCACUUGCUUAAGGUGAAACGGGGUUGUGGUCUUUUCCUAUACAAUUUUGAGGUUAGAGUUCUUUUUACUUUUGUAGUUUGAGCGUAAAAAAUUCGGCUUCCACUAAAUAAACAGCACUCAAAUUGCUACUUUAGGCAUGCAACAGUUGUGAAAACAAUUGAUCAAAGUUUCAUGUAGGGGGACAAGGGGCAAGAUGAGCACCUUAAGCUUCUUAUCAAAUUGUUAGGGCAAAGUGAGCAAAAAGCUACUAAAUAAACUAAAGAAAAAUGUUAUUUAAAUAUUUAUAAAUAAUUUCCUAAGCCACUAAAAAGUAUGAGGCUGGUCGCGGUACGGGGUAGAUUGGGCAUACCUAUGGGGCAUAAUGGGCAUGUUCAUAUUUUUCGAUUUCAAGCAAACAUUUAACAAUGUAUCAAUGUAACGUACAAUCGUAGGUACCGAAACAAAGUUUUCCUUUCCUGUUUCACUAUUUAUACUCCGAAACAGCAUAAUUCUUUAGCCUUUUUCAAUUUGAAAAUUAUCUAUGAAUUUGCCCGCAUAUAAAAAUAAGGUUUUGGUCCAUAAAACACUACUGUGCGAAUGAAGGAAUAAUAAAACAUGACAAAAUUUAAAUUGAGGUAACUUUAUUUUAAUGAUUGUCAACAAACGAAUCUGUUCGACGCAGCCUUAAAUGUCGGCUUAACGUUUGCCGUGGAAUGCCGUGUGCAAUAGCCGCUCAGUUCACUGACAUUCGAUGAGAAAUAACCGCGUCUAUAGCAGUGGCCAAUGAUGACUGUGACCAUUUUUUGCGCCCCGACAACCGUUUGUAAUUCCGAACCAUUUUACUAUUAACUGCUGCUAGCACGAUGUUUACUUUUUUGACAGCAUUUUCUGGUUUGUAGGUCAUGUUUUCUUGCAUAGGUAUGGCAAUUUUGCCCCUACCAGCAGUGCCCGUUCUGCCCCAUGAGAACACUUAUGAAAAAGAGCUGUUUUUAGAUGAUGUUUUAUUUGAAAACACUGCAUUAUUUAUUGAAACUGUUUGAAUAUCAAUAACGAUAACCGAAAAUGAACUUUCGAGCCCAAAACGACAUAUACGCAUGCAAAAACCCUUAUUUUUCGCGCUUGUGAGCUAUAAUAUUAUACGCAAGACGUGCAUGAAUGAUACAAUUGUUUAUUGUGUAAAAGCGAAUUUUUUUUUCCAGUUAUUUUGAAUAAAAUUACAUCUUCAGAUUAAUGUUAAUGAAUCAAAUUUAUAACAGUUCCAAAAUUACUGCCAGGAACCUAGAAACAACAUAUGCCUAUUCUGCCCCGUAUGACGAUCUUGCCCCUUGUUCCCCUACGUAGUCUUCAUAAAUCACGAAAAAAUUAGAUUGCAAAAUUCGAGUUGAUCGCGACCACGUCCCGUUUCACCUUAAUGCGACACCCAAAGAACAGUUCAAAUGCAAAAACAAAAACAAAAAAAAAAACAAUAGAGCGGUUGACAAAUAGCUAGCCUUAAGGGCCCAGCAAAUCAUUUGUUAUUUGACUUUUCCGGUCUUAAUAAAGUCGGUCUUAAUAAAGUGGCCAUUUGAGGCAUUCCUUGCGAAACCCUCAAGUGCGCGUAAAAACUCUGCAUCUUUUGAUUUGAAGAUUCACGCGUCAUGAAUUGAGUCAAACAAUAACACAGUAAUACUACAAAAUCACUUAGGUCUAUUUUUAAAUAUAAUUAAUAAAUGAUGGGUUCGAUUUGAACAUAUUCAGUACGUUGAAAAGAAAGGCUCAGGAAGUGUCGCGAUCUCAAACUUCUGCAGGGCACAUUCACGUGAAUUUCUGAUGGUAUAUUUGAAGCAUCUAUCUCGCCAAUUAGUAAGUUUCCUACAAAUACGGUCUUAAGCAGGUAUUAGACGACGCAAAUAUUCGCCUCUGUGUCAAUAACAAGUAGUUGGCGUCGGUUGGCAUAAGGUGGUUGUUCGGUCUGGGAAGAACUCUUGCUAUAGCAAAGUGGACUGUAUUCGGUGGAACGAGCAAAGGGAGCAAGUGUCAGUCAAUCAACUCUUGGAAGCUCUGAAAAGAACUGGGGUUUGACUUUGCUCCUUGCCGAGGACGAAAAACUAUAGCAGAGUUGAUAUUUUUUAACUACUCUUAAUAACUCUUUUUCUUCCUACUGCUGAUGGUUACAGAACGACGGUUAAAACAAAACUGUUUUUGUUGGAAUAAAUACCGAUGCCGCGUGUGUUGUCACUGGGUUGCCAAUGUUCCAGUUUUUUUUUUUUCAAGUGAUCCAGUCAAACAGUUUAUUCCCAAAAUCUUCCAGUUUUUUCAGAUAUUUGCCAGAUUUAUCCAGUUUUCAUUCACUCAAGCUCUGAUUGGCUUCCGGAAAUAUUUUCAAAAUGUAAAUUUUGUAGAUUGAUAAAUUAUUUUGACAAGUCUUAACAGCAUUUUCAGUGUUCUAUCUUCUCGCACGAAACACGGUCAAACUAAAGACUGCAUGACAUGGUUGAGAUAAAACCAAACAAAUAGAUUUUACCACACCAUGAAAAAAAUUGCUAUUUAUUUUCUGUUGCAUAGCAGUUGAAAAAUUGUUAGAAGAAUUAGAUAGCAAAAGAUAGCGAAGUCAGAAAUAAUUGAAAUUUAAACUUCACU